UCGGUCUUCGCAGUCUCCUAAUGGACGUCUGGUUGGUCUGCACCCUGAGUCUCCUGCUUUCUGGUAUAGGAGCUCUCAGCUCCGGAGAUGAAGGCUGGUCCAUGAUUGUGCACCCGGAGGUACGAGCCAUCGAGGGUUACCCGGUGGUGCUGCCCUGCACCUUCACCCACCCGCAGCACUCCCAGCAUUCAUCUCUGCAGGUGCUGUGGCGUCUGGGCCACGGCCAGGGUGCCACCAUCCUGUAUCGCUGCACCAGCCGGGCUGGGGCUCCCACUUGUGAGCCAGGGCCCCAGCAGGACCAGCGCUACCGACUGGAGGGGAACCCGAGGGAGCACGACCUGUCACUGCGUAUCAACAGCGCCACCCUGCAGGACAGUGGCCGCUACUACUGCAGAGUGGAGGUUCAGGGACGAGAACACAUCAGCUUUGAGGACAAGAUGGGAACCAGACUGAGGGUAGAGGCUCCUCCAAAGGUCCUGGCUCUGUCAGUGGAGGGCACUGAGCAGUCCGGGUACCGAGCUCUGUGUCGGGUUAAGGGCUCCCCACUGCCGGAUGUCCAGUGGCUUGGCCCGGACGACCUGCUGGAGGGUUCACCAGUCGGCCCGCUGUCCCAAGGCUCCCCCACUCACUACCACACUGUCAGCCAGCUGAGAGACGUGGAGCCAGGCCAGCAGUACACCUGCAGCGCCUCCAACCCGCUGGGAAAGGAGCAGGCCACCCUGUAUGUCCUGCCCCCCCGACCCCCGCUCUCUGUGGCCGGGGCGUCACCUCCACUCCUGCUCCUCCUGUCGCUGUCUGUGGGGGCAAAAGUGCUGCUGCUGGUGGGGAUGGGGUUGUGGGUGGUGCAGGGAGUAGCUGUGCAGGGAGUCAGCUGCUGGUGGAAGUGAGCUGCUCCAGCAUGAGCUAAUGUCAACCUUUACUUAUAAUUGGCCUAUAAUGAGCUAUUCACUGGUUUCUGACAGAUUCUGCAGCUGUUCAUUAAUGUGUCAGCCACCAACUCUAACUCCUCCUGUUGAC